CAGCCUGCAUCACUCGUUUUCCUCUUUUUGCUGCUGCCUGGCCCCUGCUGCUAGCUAAUGCUUUGCUGCUCCCACCUUUUUCCCUUUCUAUGCUUUCCUCUCCCGAUCCCUCUUUGGUUUCUUUAUCGCUUUGAAAACCUUUGAAUUUUUAUUAAGUCUCCCUUACGCUCGAACGUCUAACAGAAAAAAAGUUUAAAGGAAGAGUGGAAAGAAAGCCUUGGAUCAAGGAGUAUCAUGUCUUCCUCUUCUUCAUCUUCUCUCAUUACCUUUGGUCAAGAUGCCUCACCAACGCUGCAACAACGCCUGCAAUUCAUCGUCCAAAGCAGGCCUGAAUGGUGGGUAUACUCCAUUUUCUGGCAAGCUUCCAGGGAUGCUCAUGGACACCUUGUUUUAUCAUGGGGUGAUGGCUAUUUUCGUGGGACGAGGAACUUUUCAGGCGAAUCCUGCAACAAGCUAAUAAGCCAACCCAAAUUAGUGUCCAAUUUGGAGAGAAAAAGGUCGAACAAAGAGAUGCAAGCUCUUUUCAGUGAAGAGAUGGACUUGGAUAGAAUGGUGGACGUUGACGUCACUGACUACGAGUGGUAUUACACCGUAUCUAUAACCCGAUCCUUCGCUAUAGGAGAUGGCAUUCUUGGGAGGGCGUUCGGCUCAGGCUCCUACAUUUGGUUGAGUGGAGAGGAGGAGUUCCAAUUGUACGAAUGUGAGCGAGUUAGAGAUGCUCGUAUGCGGGGGUUUCAGACUUUAGUCUGUCUUUCGACUUCCUUCGGGGUAGUUGAAUUGGGAUCUUCAGAAAUGAUCAAAGAAGACUGGGGCAUGGUGCAACUUGCAAAAUCAAUUUUCGAUUCUGAGAUUAACUGUCUGGGUUCAAAACAGCCUAGCAAUGAAUCUAAGUUCCAAAUUUCAACCAAAAGUGUUCCUUUUCUUGAUUUCGGAAUGGUAUCAGGUGACCAAAAGGAGUGGAUUCUUGAAGAAAAGCAACAAGGCGAGGCCAAGAAAGAAACUACCGGUUUAGGCCGCUCGUCAUCAGACUCCGGUCCUGAUUCUGAUGGCAAUUUUGCCUCUGCGGACAAGGAGUUUAAUGUCCGGUCGAAGAGAGGCAGAAAGCCAGGGAGUGGAAAAGAUUCCCCUUUAAACCACGUGGAAGCAGAGAGGCAGCGGCGUGAGAGACUGAAUCAUCGAUUCUAUGCACUUCGAUCUGUGGUUCCUAACGUGUCCAAGAUGGACAAAGCAUCUUUGCUUUCGGAUGCCGUAGCUUAUAUCAAGGAGCUCAGAUCCAAGGUUGAAGAAUUGGAGGCCAAACUCCGAGUACAAUCACAAAAAUCCAAGUUGAACGCGAUAAAUGUUUUUGAUAAUCAAAUCACAACAUCUACAUUUGAAAAUACAAGGCCAUCUCCUAGUUAUGGGCCUAAGACAAUUGAAGUUGAUGUAAAGAUUGUUGGAUCAGAAGCCAUGAUCCGAGUUCAAUGUCCUGAUGUCAAUUACCCAGCCGCAAGAUUGAUGGAUGCUCUUAGAGACCUGGAGCUUCAUGUUCACCAUGCCAGUAUAUCAAACGUGAAGGAGCUAGUGCUUCAAGAUGUUGUUGUUAGAGUUCCUACUGGAUUUAUAAGCGACGAGGUGCUCAGGACUGCUAUCCUUCAGAGAUGCAGAUUGAACUAGUUAGCUAUCCAGUGAGGUUAUCAAGCAGCCCUUUUCUUCUUACUUUUUAUGGAUUAUCACGAAGCCACAUAAAUGUAAACACUACUACUUUGUUUUCUUCUUUUCCUUCUUUCUUGUUCAGUUUUUGCUUUUAAGUGAAUGCAUAAUUCUUGGUUUUGUUCUCUUUUAA